AUGGCACUGGGCUCCGACAGUUCCAAAAUGGUUCUGGUCUUGAUGGAUAUGCCAUUUUACGGCAGGCCUAGAAAACCUCGCCCACUGAUAUCAGUCAUUACAUCAGCAUUUGUUGAACACAUAUCUGAUAAUACUUUGGGUACGCAUCAGGUGUUCCAGGUCUUCAUUGACUCUGGGCAUCGAAACCUCCGUGAGGGCUGUAGCAUCAGGUAA